AUGGGAUCCGAUCAAGCUUCUUCCCGGUUGGAUACGUUAGAGAUAAGAUCCCUCAUUUUCCGGGAAAUCGGGCAUCAGAGAGCUGAGAGUUACUUCGAGCAGCUCGGAAGAUUCUUCGCCUCGAGGAUCUCCAAAUCUGAGUUCGACAAGUUCUGCAUCAAGACGAUCGGUAGGCAAAACAUCCAUCUCCACAACCGUCUGAUACGUUCGAUCAUCAAGAACGCGAGCGUCGCCAAAUCUCCGCCGUUGAUGAAUCAGAAGAAAGGUGGGAACUUUGUCAGUUUCGGUAAUGGGAAGCCGAAGAGCAAUCAAAAGGAUUCUGCAUUCUCUCCUUCGACUACUCGGAAAUGCAGGUCGAGGAAGUUGAGAGACAGGCCGAGUCCGCUUGGUCCACUUGGGAAGCCUCAGAGUGUAACCACUACGAAGGAGUCCAUGUCAAAGGCACAAAGUGCUACUGAGCUGCUUUCUCUGGGAAGUAGACCUCUUGUGGAAGUUGUAUCUGUGGAGGAAGGAGAAGAGGUUGAACAAAGAGCUGGAAGUCCAAGCGUGCAGAGCCGGAGUCCUGUAACUGCUCCGCUUGGUGUUUCCAUGAACCUUAGGGGUGGAUUCAGUAGAAAGUCUGCUUCAAAUGUAUCGGUUGGAGAGGAGACAUGUCAGAGCAGCGGUGAGCUACCGGAUACAAGAACGCUGAGGAAUCGGUUGGAGAGGAGAUUGGAGAUGGAAGGGCUUAAGGUAUCUAUGGACUCUGUGAGUCUUCUGAAUAGCGGAUUGGAUGCGUUUAUGAGAAGGUUGAUUGAGCCUUGUUUGAGUUUGGCCAACACUCGGUGUGGGAAUGGAGGAAUGAGAGAGAUGAAUGUCCAGUACGCACAGCAGAGAAGAAGGAGGGUUUCGUGUGUGUCGAUGUCUGAUUUUCGAGCUGGUGUGGAGCUGAAUCCUCAGAUUCUUGGAGAAGAGUGGCCUAUACUUCUGGAGAAGAUGUGUUCUCGUGGUUUAGACGAAUAA